AUGACUACCUCUACUAUUUUAAAUUUGGCAUCAGAGUUACUCUAUCAAAUUUUUGAUUACUUGGAUGGUAUUCAUAUUUACAUGGCAUUUUAUGGAUGGAGUUUUAGACUCAAUUGUCUCAUAGAUACAAUAUAUCAACUUCAUUUCGAUUUUACAAAUAUUCCAUUGGGUAAAUUUAUUGAUUAUUGUCAAAGUGUACUACCAGUCAUAUCAAAAAAAUUAGUCGCAAUAAAGUUAACCACUGAAAAUAAUCAACUUCAACAAUUUAUGUUACGUUUUCGUUUACAUCAAUUUUCUCGACUUCAUUCGUUUACAUUAAUAGGCGUAUUCUGUGAUAAAACAAUUACUAAUGUCGUUGAAUACUUGUCAACGUCAAAGCAGCUAAAAUCGUUAGUAAUUCAAACAAUAUAUAAUCGUUCUCAGGCAUCGAUCGAUAUAAGUAAUACUCUUCGAUCUGUGAUAUAUCAUUUACCAUUUUUAAAUAAUUUAACAUUGGCUACGAAUGAGAAACAAUUAGUUUUUAUCAAUGAUAGAUUUACAUUGUCAUCAUCAAGAACAUCAUCUAAUUGUUUACAAUUACUGACACUUCAUCUAUGUUGUGCUACUGAUCUUUUCAAAAUUUUAGUAUAUUUGCCAAAUAUUAAACACAUUACACUAACGUUUUGUGAAUUACCCAGUCGUAUUUCAUCUGCUAUUCUUAUUGUGCCAUCAUUAUGUACAUUGAAUCUAUCCUCACCCGAAAAUAAAUUACCUUUUGAUUAUAUUAUAUAUUUAUUUAAAUGUUUUCCAAACUUGAAUAAAUUCUCAUUAACAACAGAUAACGAACAAUUUGUUGACGGCGAACAAUGGCAACAAUUAUUAUCUCAACUGUUACAAGAUUUACAAAAAUUUAGACUAUUAGUAAAAAAUGUUGAAUAUAGUUGUCAGCAGGAUAUAAAAACGUCAUUUUCAACGUCAUACUGGCUGAGUAAACACUGUCAACUUAACUUUAUUGAUAUGAAAGAUGAAAAGAAACGAGUAAAUGUGAAUAUUUCUUAUUCAAAUGUAAAGAAAGCAAGAUGA